AUGAUCUUUAAUCUUAAAACACUGGCUGCGGUUGCAAUCUCCAUUUCACAAGUGUCUGCAGUUUCCUCUCUGGGUUUUGCUCUCGGAAACAAGAACGUUGACGGAACUUGUAAGUACUUGGCCGACUACGAGGCCGACUUGGAUACUAUUAGAGGCGGCUCUGAAGCCGUUGCUAUUAGAGCUUAUUCCGCUGAAGACUGUAACACUUUACAAUACCUCGGUCCUGCUGUUGAAGAGAAGGGCUUCAAAUUAGUUCUAUCAGUCAGACCACUGGAUGAGAGCUACUACCAGGCAGAAAAGAAUGCACUAAGUGAAUACCUUCCCCAAUUAUCUGUUUCGACUUUGCAAUUUUUGUCAGUUGGAUCCGAAGCUUUGUACAGAGACGACUUGCCAGCUUCAGAUCUGGCUGAUAAAAUUAGAGAUAUGAAGGAGUUUUUGGCUGGCUUGACUGACAAGAAUGGGGACUCCUACUCUUCCGUCCCAGUCGGAACCAUCGAUUCAUGGAACGUCCUUGUAGACGCCUCCGCUGCACCAGCUAUUGAAGCAUCUGAUGCCGUUUACGCCAACGCUUUCUCAUACUGGCAAGGUCAAGGUCCUUCCAACUCUACCUAUUCCUUCUUUGACGAUAUCAUGCAAGCAUUGCAAGUAAUCCAGACCAUCAAGGGAUCUACUGAUAUCGAUUUCUGGGUUGGUGAGACCGGAUGGCCUACCGACGGUGACAACUUUGGUGAUGCUGUUCCAUCUAUUGAGAACGCUGACAACUUUUGGAAAGAAGCUAUCUGCGGUAUCAGAGGUUGGGGCAUUAACACAUUCGUUUUCCAGGCAUUUGACGAAGACUGGAAGGAAGAGGACGACGCUGUUGAAAACCACUUCGGUGUUUGGGACAGUUCCAGACAGUUAAAGCUGGACUCAUUAGGUUGCGACUUUUCUUCUUGA